UGCGUACAUAUGUUUUGUGAAUACUGACAAUUAAAGAGGCCAAAGUAAAAAAAAAAAAAACCAGAGAAACACUUCGCUGAAGAUUAUGAGAUUUGUGUGAGCUUGUCUGCUGUUAGCGUUUGGCUAGUUAGCAUCCACGUUAGCUAGCUAGCUAAACUCUUUUUUUGGAUUCCCUUUUUCUCUCCAAAUGGACUGAAAAGUAACAGCACGGACCCCGGAGACCUCGCAUCUUCCUUUCUUUGAAAAGGGUCAUGGCGCAGCGGUCUGGCCCACCUGAGAUCACCUGGCGCACAGGAUCUCUUGGGGUCGCUCUGAGCACAGAGGACGACUCUGGAUUGGAGGACGGAGGUGACGGGUGCAGUAGUCGUAGAAACGGCGUCCCGGCUCAGUCCCCGAAUCCACACGGAAUAAAGGAACGCACCACUAUCUUCAUUGCGUUCAAGGGAAACCUCGACGAUGACGAUUUUCAGCAGAAGCUCGACAGAAUCUUGAAUGGGAUGCCGCAGAUGCUCUCGCUGGGUCCUGAGAGGCUGGCGCCCCAGCGAGUGGAGCCGUGGAACAGCGUGCGAGUCACCUUUAAUAUCCCCAGAGAAGCCGCUGAACGCCUCCGCCUCCUCGCUCAAAACAACCAGCAGCAGCUUCGGGACCUGGGGAUCCUAUCAGUGCAAAUCGAAGGUGAAGGACCCAUCAAUGUUGCAGGUGGGCAGAACCGAGGGCAGGAAGUCAGAGUGAACGGACCUAUCGGGGCACCGGGUCAGAUAAGGAUGGAUGUUGGGUUUCCUAUGCAACAAGGCCCUGCUGGAAUGCGGAUGAACAAUCCUUCAAUGGUGCCCUCUGGUCCUGGCAUGGCUCCACAGGGCAUGGUACCUGGCAGUAGUGGACAGAUGCACCCAAGGGUACCAAGGCCAGCAACACAAUCAGAUUCAAUGGAUCCCAUGAUGCCUGGACUUGCUUUGCAGCAGCAGCAGCAGCAGCUCCAACACCCCCAGGCACCCCAUGGUCCACCCACCCCUAUGGGCCCACAGGGUCAUCACAUACAGGGCAUGCAAGCAAACCGGCAACUCAAUCCAGCAGCCCUACAGCAACUACAGCAGCAGCAGCAUCAACAGCAGGCUCAGUUAGCCCAGUUAGGUGGUGCUCGAGGCCCAUUCAACCCUUCAAACCAGAUGCCUGUCCCAGCUGGUUGGAACCAGUUACCUUCUGGUGUUCUCCAGCCACCGCCUGCUCAGGGGCCUAUGACUCCAAGUUGGAGAAAAGCUCCUCCACAAGGUCAAAUUGGACAGCGUCCUCCUUCUUUGGCAUCUGUGCAAACACCAAACCAUCCUCCACCACCGUAUCCCUUUGGCAGCCAACAGGCUGGGCAAGUUUUUAAUGCCAUUCAGCAGCAGCCAGCAGGGGCAAACCAGUUUGCAGCCCCUCAGCCCAAAGGUCCCCAAGGAGUUGUGGGACCAAGGGCACCACCUCCGUUGCCUCCUGUGUCUGCUUCACAGAGCAACCUCGCUUCCAAGUCCCCUGGAUCCUCAUCUUCACCAUUUCAGCAGGGUUCACCUGGAACCCCACCUAUGAUUGGCCAAGGUCAGCUAGGUCCACGUCCAACAACUCCCCAGGGGUUCCCGCAGGGAGUUGGGUCCCCAGGUAGGGCUGUGUUAGGGCAGCAGGGUAAUGUUCAGCCAGGCUUUAUGGGAAUGCCUCAGCAUGGCCAGGUUCCCCAAGGAGGGAUGGGAGGUAUGCCAAAACGAAUGCCAAUGGGGUUCUCAAAUGUAAGUCAGAAUUUUGUGCAAGGACAAGUUACCACAAGUGGGGCGGGAACCCCCACAGGUGGUACCCUUCAACUUCAAAGUGGCCAAAACAUGUCGCAUGCAGGUCCACAGCCUUCAGUUUCAACACCAAACCACAUGCAGCCCAGUUCCCUACAACCUGGUGGAAUUGGCCAUCAUGGUGGAAUGGCUCCUCAGCCUCCAGCCACCUCUGGUAGUGGGAUGGGACAACCUCAGUCAGGUCUACAGACCCAGAUGAUGGGCAUGCAGUCCCAGAUUCAAAAUCAGUCUGUAGCCUCCUCUCAAGGUCAAAUGGUGCAAGGCCAGGCAGGAGGUCAGACUGUCCUAUCUCGGCCCAUGAAUCAAGGACAGCGAGGGAUGACUCCUCCUAAACAGUUGAUGCCUCCACAGGGACAAGGGAUGAUGCAGAACCCGGCCCAACUUGGUGGGGGACAGGGACACCAAGCAUUACUGAUGCAACAGCAACCGCAGCAACAGCACCAACAUCAGCAACAAGCUUCACAGCAGCAAAAUACUAUGAUGGAACAGAUGGUAGCCAACCAAAUGCAAGGUAACAAGCAGGCUUUUGGGCCCAAAGGACAACCAACUGUUAUGCCAGGUCAGAUGAUGCGAGGCCCAUCACCUAAUUUGCAGGGCAACAUGGUGCAGUUUCAGUCGCAGCAACAAAUGACUCCACAACAGCAAAUUGCUCAGUUGCAGCAGCAGCAGCAGCAAUUACAACAACAGCAGUUGCAGCAGCAGAUUCAGUUACAACACCAACAGCCACAACAACAGCAAUUACAGCAGCAGCAAUUACAGCAGCAUCAGCAGCAAAUGGCACAGUCCCAGCAGAUCCCAGUUAAUGGUAAUCCCAACCAACCAUUAGGGAUACAUGGCCCUCAGAUGCGACUUCCAGGACAUUUGGUCCAGCAGCAGCUUCAGCAAAAACAGCAACAGCAGCAACAUAUGAUGCAACAGCUGCAACAACAGCAACUACAGCAGCUUCAGCAGCAGCAGCUUCAGCAGCAACAACAACAGCAGCAGCAGCAACAACAACAGCAGCAGCAGCAGGCUGGCCAGCAACACUCGCACCAGGUUGGAGACAGCACUGGAAGUGCAGGAGAUAUGAGCCAGCAACAGAUGCUUCCUGACAUGCAAAUGCAACAGCAGCAGCAGGGUAUGAUGGGAGGUCCACAACACAUGCAGGUCGGCAAUGGGCAUUUUCCUGGUCAUGGAAUGCCUUUCAAUCCUCAGUUUGCUGGCCAGAUGCCCAUUGGUGGACAAGCAGCUGGAUUUCCAGUGAAUAAGGAUGUGACGCUGACGAGUCCCUUAUUAGUUAACCUGCUUCAAAGUGACAUUUCUGCCAGCCAGUUUGGGCCAGGUGGAAAACAGGGAACUGGUGGGGUUGGAGUUAACCAGGCCAAACCAAAAAAGAAGAAACCACCUCGUAAGAAGAAACCCAAAGCAGGCGAGGGGCAGCAAUCCGUUGAAGGGCUUGGGAGUUUGGAUUCAGUUCCACAAGGGUUGGAUGAAGCAGAGAUGCAAGGUCUAGGUAGCGAUCAAGGAGCUGGCACAGAUUCUUCCAAUUCGAAGCCCCCUGAAUUUGCUAAUCGGCCAGGAUUUUCUGGACAAUCAGGAGAUCAGAGGGUUUUGCAGCAAAUGCCAAUGCCAUUCAUGGCCCAGCAGCAGCAGCAGCAACAACAACAACAGAUGCAGCAAAUGCAGCAGCAGCAGCAACAGUUACAACAACAGAUGCAGCAACAGCAAGAACAGCAGCAGCAACAAAUGCAAAAGCAACAGAUGCAUAUGCAGAUUUCAGGUCAACCUGGAACACCCCAAGGGUCACAACAAGGACAGCAUCAAAUCCAUCCACAUCAUUUACAGCUUCAACAGCAGCCACCACAGCACAUGCAGCAGCAACAGCAGCAGCAACAGCAACCAUUGACCCAACAGCAACAACACAUGAUGAUGCUUAAAAUGCAGGAGCAACAAGCAAAAAAUCGGCUUCCGCUUCAACAAAGUGGCUAUCCCCAAAGAACUCUUGUUAAUCCUGGUGAUCCUGCACAGAGAAUGCCUGUAUCCCAACAAGGGAACAUGCCUGUAAUGAUCAGUUUACAAGGGCAUGGAGGUGUCCCACCUUCCCCAGAGAAAGCCAGAGGCAUGCAGCCAGUAGUAAAUUCACAGUUGACUGCUGCAACUAGAAGAAUGCCUCAUCCAGACAUUGGGCAGGGAACCCAAGGUAUAGCGCCAGAGGAAGUGUCAGGCACCCCUAACUUGCAGGACAGGACAUCAAUUGAAAUGGUGCCUCAGGCAGGGAAUGCCAGUCAACAAAAUGUUAUCAACCAAGGUCCUAAUUCUCAUCUGUUGAAGUCUGUGCCUUCAUCAGUCCCUCAGCAACCAGGAGCAAGUCCCCAGCAACAGCCCCAGCAAGGACCAAUGGCUGGCUCUCACAAUCUUCAUUUUCCUGGUGCUCCUUCAACUUCCCAAAGUUCCCGCCCUAAGACGCCAAACCGUGCCAGUCCUAGACCAUAUCACCAUCCUUUAACCCCCACCAACCGUCCACCCAGCACUGAGCCUUCAGAGAUAAAUCUCUCCCCUGAAAGACUGAAUGCAUCAAUUGCUGGUCUUUUCCCUCCAAAGAUUAACAUCCCCCUACCACCCCGACAGCCUAAUUUAACUCGAGGUUUUGAUCAACAAGGUCUAAACCCUACCACUUUGAAAGCUAUUGGACAGGCCCCACCAAGCCUUGCAUCUCUUACAAACAACACUGCUGGCAAUAAUCUUGUUCAGCAGGGUUUUCCACAAGCUAGUAAUGCUACCAGUACAGGUGCAAAGCAAGAGAAACAGACGGUUGGAGGGCAAACAAAGAGAGCUAGUCCCAGUAACAGUAGACGAUCUAGUCCUGCCUCAAAUAGAAAAGCAGCCACUCCCAGCCCAGGAAGGCAAAAAUGGACUAAGAACCCCCUAACCUCCAUACCAAAUCAUCAACAAAUGCCAGGUUCCCAAACUGUAAUGGCCAAUGCUUCUUCAGUCCUCCCAAAUCCCACUGCAUCUAUAUCAUCAGUAGGAACUCUAGAUUCCCAGCAAAAUCUAAACCCUCUGCAAGCACUUCCCAGUAACUCGGAUGCAGUCAGAGAGAGCCAGGGGCAAGCACCACAGCUAGACCCACGUCAGAUUGCGCAAGUAGAAAGAGAUCACGUUGCUCUAAGAAUGGCAAAUCAACGCAUUCCAUCCCAGGAGCCAAAAAUUCAAGAACCUAAUAUGCCACCUGAGCAACCAUCAGAGGAGAUGCGUCAGCCUCAGAAUCCAAAACUGCAAGAGCAUCGUUCUGAUGUUUCAGCAUCUUUUAGAGAUGCCCCAACGUCCCUUAAUCAGUUACUGGAUAAUACAGGCCACUCAUCCUUGUCCACAAAGCCACUCAAGGUUAUUCCUCCAGGAGGUGGAGAUCGAGCUCUGGCGGAACAAGAGAGCCAACGUAACCCCAGUAUCCCACAGAGCAGUGAUAGUGGUCUGCCUUUGCCCACCAGUGAACUUGAACAAAAAUCGAAGGUUGGCUCAAUGGUUAGCUCAAAUGUGAUCCGGACUAGCAGUCCAAACAUUCAGUCAACCUCUGGUAUAUCCAGUGUUGGCCCAAGUUCAACUUUGCUUACUAGCUCUGCUUCAAAUGCUGGCCUACAUCCCAACUCUUCCAUUAGUCCAAAUCCCAGUACUAAACCUAUUACAAGUAUGUCCCAAACAGUCUUGCAUAGACCCACGUCAUCAGGGUCUACUCAACCAAAUCAAAUAACGGUUUUUGUGACCUCCAAUCCCAUGAGUUCUGCUGCUAGCACAGCAUCUGCAGUGCCUCCAGCCAUUGUCCCAACUGUGCUUGCAGUACCUACUAAGAACAUAAGACCUCAAGAAGUGCACCAGUCUGCUCCUACUCAAAAUCGUCCUCCGCAGUUUAUCACAGGCCCUGUCAUUUUCCAAGUCCCAUCUGUCUCUGUACCAUCAAGCACCAAUGUGGUUUCUCAGCCUGUCACAAUGGUUGGGCCCAUACAAGUAUCUGCCAAUAUUCAACUCACUCCUGCUCCAAUUUCAGGCACAGCAUCGACUCUUUCUGCCCCUAUGGCAACACAUUCCCCUGUUGUAAGCAUAGCCACAGGUCAGUCAGCUCGUGCCAUGAUUGGACAAAUCCAAGUGCAAGUGUCUGCAAGUCAGACAUCCUCUUUAAACACAGUGCACCCUCCUCAGCAAGAGAGCACUUCUGAUGCCCUAAUCUCAAGAAUAAGUUCUUUAGGGCAAUCAUCAUCUUUACAAUCUCGCGCAUCUCCUGGUGUUCUCCCAUCUGUUCAACCUCUGGCAUCUCCGUCUGCCUGCUCUAGCCCAGGGACUACUUCUGUUGCCCGCAGAAGUCCCCUCUCACAACCAUCAACAACUAUUGCUAAGAGCAGUCCAGUUCACAAUGUUCUGAGCAAGACUUCCACCCCCCACAGUGGUGACAACCAUCAGAUUCAACAGCAAACUACAACCCAGUCAGGAAAACCUAUAGACACUGCACCAUCUCAAGCCCCACCUCAAGCGGUUCCAAAUGCAACACUUUCUAGUUCACUGCCUCCUUCCACGGCAGUCUCCUCUGCACUACCUGCACCUCAGCUGUCAGCACUAGUAUCUACGGUUUCUUCUUCGGCUCACGUGCAGAUUCCUCCACCAGUUUCCUCUUCCACCCUUACACCCAGUCCUUCAGUGAUCACUCCCAGCUCUGCUGUGGUGCUUCCUGCCAGUUCUGCUUCCAGUUCCCCACCAGUCACUAGUAUGUCUGCACCAUCUGUUCCACCUCCUGCUUCUGUCCCACCAGUGACUCCUGCACAAACCACUGGUCCUACAACUGGGUCAUCUCCACUCCUCCCAGCUGUCGAACCACAGCCUUCCACAUUAAUAGAGACAAGCUUGCCUGAGCCAGCAAACACCACGGCGCCUGUUGAAGAUACUCCAAGUCUCCAAGCUCAGCCUGCACAGGAGCAACAGCAAACUGGAGAGACAGCGCCUUCUGUGGUGGAACAGGGAUGGGCAAAGAAAAGAAAGACGCCCAUCGACUUAGCCCAGAGGGAGGUAAGAGGCCACACGGAAAAGGCAAAAGGGCCCAGCCGGAGGAGCUCUCGGGCUGAGAAGGACACUGAAGAGGAAGUGCCUGACAGCGGACAGAGAAAGAGGGCAGCCAGACCAGGGUCGGCCUCUUCCAACCCAGGGAAAGCUGCAGAAUCGAACACUGGAGCGAGUCCCACGCAGGCCAAACGAAGGAAGUCGAAGUGAUCGUGAAGCUUAACACACCUGUGAAAUGUACAUUUCUCUCUCAAACUGUUUUAUCUGCUGUUUUUUUUCCUGUAAUCGUGUGUGUGUGUGUGUGUGUGUGUGUGUGUGUGUGUGUGUGUGUGUGAGUGUGUGUGGUAGCAGCCAUGUACAGAAACAUGUUUUUAAAAAGAAAUGAAUGAUGUUUUUGUUCCCUGAUACUAAGUGAUAUCCUAUUUACGUGUGUGUGUGAGAUGUGUCCUGUUUUUUAUAUAUGCUGGAUUAAUCAUGAAGUGUAAUGAUGGAUUGUAUAAUAAUGUUACAAAAUGGAUUAAAAUGUUUUUUGUUUUUAAACUUCUUGUCCCUGGACACGGAUUAGUAGUUGUCUGCGCAUUUCUCCUCCUUGUUACUUGAGGUUUUUUUUCUUUUUUCCUUCCCUCUUCUUAGUUAUCUUCUGUUCAUUUGGGCAGCUAAAUUUUUCUCCUCCCCCCGUAACAUCCUCCCUCCCUCUCUCUCUCUCUCUCUCUCUCACACCCUCCCCGCCUCACAAAUAAGAAUCUCAAUCAUGAUCCUGACAUUUAAAUUAAAAAUAAAAGCUUGAUUUCAACAA